CUAAAGCCUAAAGGAACAUGCGUCUUCACAUGAUCCGGUUUCGUACGGAAAACAGCAUGUGAAAGUUUAUUGACUUUAUUCUGUAAGACAUCUCAGCCACCCCACGUAUAAUCAGAAGAUGGAUUUUUCCGAAAGAAACGAAAUAUCAAAAAGGUAGGUAAGUAGUAAUAAAUAUAAAUAUUCACUUCAAAAGGUAUUCAAGUCUGUGGAGUGUGCAGAAACCAAAGGCGAGGAGAGGAAGCAAGGCCGUCUCGGUGUCCAAUGCGAGGUGGCGCGUGAGCUUCACAGCCUCUUCGUUGUAUUGUUGCAGCCGCUUGGAUUCAAAGAAUUGAUCGAUCAGUUUGAUUUGGCUUAAAGAGAUGGCGGAAGGAUUCUGCAAGCAGGAACCGGUGGUUGGAAUUUUGGCCUUUGAUGUUGCAUAUGUCAUGUCUAAGCUGGUCGCUCUAUGGGAGUCCCUUAAUAAUGUACAAGUUGGGAUGCUCAGAAAGUUUAUGUCGGAUUCGGUGGGGUUUAAAGAGCUUGUGUCACAUGAUGCCGAUUUCAUUCGAGGUUUAAUACCCGGUGAAUUGUUUGAGAAUAUGAUCCCUUUAACAAAAUCUGUGGCCAGGCUUGGUAAGAAUCAUUGCUCUGAUCCUAGGUUGAAGGAUUUUGAGCAGGCUGUUGGUGAUUUGAUCGACAAUGGUGCUGACCCUUUUAAAUGGGUGCUUCCAUACGAGGAGAUGGGAAAGGAGGCCAAAAAGAUGAAGAGUUUUGUGUCAGUCACCGGAGAUUUGUAUCACCAGAUGAAACUUGUUUCGCAUCUUGAAGAUACUAGAAGCCGCAUGGAUGGUCCAAAUUGGCUUGAGAUUCAGCACAAGAUAGAGCUGAAGCAGUUCGAGGUGGACAAGUUAAAAGAGGAGUCUUUGUGGAACAUGACUUUCAGUUACAUAGGUAUUCUAUUGGCAAGAUCUGUCUUCUCAAUUUUCAGUCGUAUCAAGUCUGUUUAUGGUGUUCCUCAACUUGUGGCCGAAGAUACUGAUCACACUAGUAUUCCUAGUCCAUCAAUUUUCAGCAAGUACAAGCUCUUGGAUGCUCCACCUGACACACUUGGUGCUGCUGCCUUAGUUCUCAAGUAUGCAAAUAUUAUCAUCCUAAUUGAACAUUUAGUACGUUCUCCUGUCUACUUUUAUAAAGCACGCAGAGAUGAACUGUACAAUAUGUUGCCUGCAAAUAUGAGAGCUGAGCUAAGUGAAAGGCUGCCCCCGGUCCAGAGCUCGCUUUGUUUAUCAAUUAAAGAUGUGGCAGCAGAGAGGAAUGUGGCAAUGCUUGAAAUGUUAGAAUGGUUAGCACCUCUUGCUCAUAAUACCAACAAAUGGCUCUCCAUGUGGAAGCGUCAACAGAAGGCCUAUGCUUCACCAGGUGCAAUGUGCUUCUGGUUCAAACUCUAUACUUUGCAAGUCCACAGAAGACAGAGGCAGCAAUAAUGGAUCUCAGUUGUUGGUUUGCAAUACAAAAGGCGAGCUUUGGAAAUGCAUCUUUGUGGUCCUGAACUCCUGAAACCUGUUGCAUGCCGGAGGAGACGGAAGUCCAUUGUUCUCGAGGAGUCCAAAACAGUAUCUGUAGUUUAGUUAUAAUAUGAGUGUACGUUAUUGAGAGUCCCCGUUCAAGUACUAUUUAAGUAGUAUGUCUUCUAUAAUCUGACUGGUACUUUUACAUUCCUUUAGUACUGUACGAGUACGAGCUUUUACAAUGUCUAUAAGGGCCGGCAUAUGGUGAACUCGCUCUACUGGAACAUAGUUGUCCAAUGGAGAGAUAGACUCAUUCUGAUGACUAUUAACAACAUGUUUUAUCAGCUUGCAUUAUUACCUGUAUACUAUUCCAUGGAACUGUUUGAUUUUUAGGCUCUAUGUGCUUCAUCACAUUCAUUUAUCUCUUUGAUUUUGCCCUGUCCUCUUUU